ACAAAUUGCAGGUAUAACAUGGUGAAACAAGGUCUCAUCAGCGACCCUGUUUUCUCUUUCUGGUUUAACCGACAUGCUGAUGAAGGAGAAGGUGGUGAAAUUGUAUUUGGUGGAAUGGAUUCUAGCCACUACAAGGGUGAUCACACGUUUGUCCCAGUCACUCGGAAGGGAUACUGGCAGUUCAACAUGGGUGAUGUACUGGUUGAUGGAAAGUCCACUGGGUUUUGUGCCGGCGGCUGUGCAGCCAUCGCAGAUUCUGGAACUUCCUUGCUUGCUGGCCCCAUAGCCAUAAUUACUGAAAUCAAUGAAAAGAUUGGUGCUGCUGGUGUAGUCAGCCAGGAGUGCAAGACUGUUGUUUCUCAAUAUGGACAGCAGAUCCUAGAUCUUUUGCUAGCUGAGACACAACCAGCGAAGAUCUGUUCUCAGGUUGGUCUGUGCACUUUUGAUGGCACUCAUGGUGUCAGUGCUGGAAUUCGGAGCGUAGUGGAUGAUGAAGCUGGGAAAUCAAAUGGUGGUCUCAAGAGUGAUCCAAUGUGCAAUGCCUGUGAGAUGGCUGUGGUAUGGAUGCAGAACCAACUUGCCCAGAACAAGACGCAGGAGCUCAUCCUGAACUACAUUAAUCAGCUUUGCGAGCGUCUUCCGAGUCCGAUGGGAGAAUCAGCCGUGGACUGUGGCAGUCUUGCGUCCAUGCCUGACAUUGCGUUCACCAUUGGAGGCAAGAAGUUCAAGCUGAAACCAGAGCAGUACAUUCUGAAGGUUGGUGAAGGACAGGCUGCCCAGUGCAUCAGCGGAUUCACAGCUAUGGAUAUCCCACCACCCCGUGGCCCUCUCUGGAUCUUGGGUGAUGUUUUCAUGGGAGUCUACCACACCGUCUUCGAUUAUGGCAAGCUGAGGGUUGGCUUCGCAGAGUCGGCCUAGGGAUAUGGUCUGGCAGCUACCCGUCUAGAGGCAAACGCGUAAUUUGUGUGUUUAUGCGGCCGGCGAUGUGUGUAUAUAUGCUACUACAUGUUUAGUGAUGCAUUCCGAGACCUGAGACAACGCCCGUCUGUUUUAACGUGGCGCAAGAAUAAUUCUGGUUCUGCAUGUAUUCUCCGUACACAAAGGCGUGUCUGAUGCAAUGGUGACCAUCUUGCGGUUGCGUGUUUGAAAUAGCCUUUUCGCAUU